UCUGGACAUCGCACUGAAUGAUGGAUGUUGUUUGUUAUGUGGGGAUCAGAGGUCUGACUGCAGAAGCGCCCUAAAGCUUGAUAAAGAACAAAACACUGUCAUCAAAUCGUUAAUUGGUGAUUAUUGCCUGUUUGUGGGAGAGUUUAGCACAGUGUAAAGGCAGGCUGGUGUUACACUUUAAAACAGAGAUCGCCCAAGACUUCCAGAUGGAUAAUUCUACGCAGCCAGCCUCUCCGUCGCUCUCACCGAAAGCCAAUGCAUUCUCUAUMGCCUCUUUGAUCGCUUCAUCGAUGCCCCAAGAAAGUGAUAAUUAUCCAGAGGACGCUACAARACUAAAAAGACGAUCGUCAGAAGACGAUGAAGAGUCGUUUGACUUGCUUAGACCUGCGAAGAAGGUAAAAGCCGACAGAGAACUACACGAAGAAGAAGAAGACGACGACGACGAUGACGAUGACGACAGCCAAGAAAUUGAUGUAGAAGAAGAGGAUAGUCCAGUCCAAAAACCCGAUGAUGUUACGGGUGAUCUUAAGGGCAUUAAAGUGGAGCUCGAAGGACGGGAUUUAUGGGAGAGAUUUAAUGAAUUGGGCACGGAGAUGAUUAUCACAAAAGCUGGAAGACGAAUGUUCCCGACUUUACGAGUAUCAGUAAGCGGUGUCCAACCYAAAGCUAACUAUCUGGUGCUCAUGGACAUYGUGCCUGUUGAUGACAAGAGAUACCGAUAUGCCUAUCACCGAUCCACGUGGUUAGUAGCAGGCAAGGCAGACCCCCCUGCCCAGGUUCGUCUUUACAUGCAUCCUGACUCACCCUUUACAGGGGAACARCUUCAAAAACAAAUCGUUUCCUUCGAGAAAGUCAAGCUCACGAACAACGACGGUGACCACAACGGACAUCUAAUCUUAAAUUCAAUGCACAAGUACCAGCCAAGAGUUCACAUCAUCAGAAAGAAAGAUCACACCGCAUCGGUUAUCAACCUAAAAUCAGAAAGAAUGAAGACGUUUACUUUCCCAGAAACAAACUUUAUCGCAGUCACGGCCUACCAAAAUCAAUUAAUAACAAGACUUAAAAUUGAYAGUAAUCCGUUCGCCAAGGGAUUUCGGGAUUCUUCGCGAUUAAUUCCAGUGGAAAGGGAUAACCACUCGUCUGAGAACAAACAUUAUCCGAAGUUCUACCCUGGCGCAUUCGGCCCAGGCCUUCCCUGGCCUGUAGUGGGUUUUGGAAAACGACCACAGCAUGCGAUCCCUUAUCCAAAUGAUGACAGAACAAGGAUUUUAACUACAGGUUUCUUACCAAGAUCUCCAGUACCAGUCUCACUCAGCCCAUCAUUUCCAUCCAACAGUUUUGUACCUCACUUACCUCAGCCCAGUCCUUUCUCUCCGCAUAAACCGUUACCAGUCCUCGAUGCUCUGUUGCCGUCGCCAUUUCACGUUCCUGUAUCAUUACCAUUUUAAAUGGCUUCAGCACCAGCUACAGAAUAAAUUAAGGCCCGAUUACAARGAGCAAGUUUCUUUGCAACUUGUCUCCCAACGGCGUGGCGACACAAGUUUUAUGGAGCACUGCAGCGUUUCAAUUUGAAGAAAAUGCUGUGAGACUCUUGCAACUUGUGUAGCAACGCUGUUGCGAGACAAGUUGCAGAGAAAAUUGCUCCGCGUAAUCUCGCAUUUAGUGUCUCCUCCACAAGGUAUUCAAUUUUAAGGAAUACUUUUUUGAGAAAGAGACUCCCUCUCUUAAAGAAUGAAGAAGAAUGAAGAGAAACUAAAGCCUUUUCCAGCUGCUAAGGCAUGUUUUUUCUCCCCUAUCAAACCCAUGUCAUUCACUUUAAUAUUACAAUUUUUUAUCUAAAGCCUACGCCUAUCAAYCCAAUAUUCUUAGUUUAUAUUUAGUGAAAUUACUACAAUCUAGCAUGCGCUAGGUAUUAAUAGGACGCCAUUUUGUUUUGAGGAUGACGCGUCAGGGCCGCCAUUUUUUGCAGGUGACGUCACGGUCGCCAUUUUGGCUCCUAGUUUUUAUGGGAACUGUUGCUUUGUUUUGCUAUUUUAGAAAAAUAUAUUGCCUUUUUACUACUUUAUUCUUGAAUCUUCAAAGCAAGGAUGUGCUUUAAGGAUCUAAGAGUGUGCAUAACGAAUGGAUGGGGAUUAUUUAUUAAUAGCUAACAGUAACGGAUUAUGAAUUUGAAAUGAGGUUUAAAACAGUUCCAAAACCCAUCRAUUGAUUUAGUUUGUACUGUAAAUAUGUGUAUUUUUUACUAUGUAAAUAAGUAAUUCGAAAUUCGAAAACUCUUAACUUAAUGAUAUGAUGUCAUGGAUUUUCUAAAAUA